AUGAUUGUUCUCGACUCGCGCGCCUCACCGGCAACGCAGGCGCAGCAAAUCGCGCAACCCUCGUCGGCUAAUAUGGAAAUUAACACCGAGGAAAUCCUUCAAUGGAUCAUUGAUCUGAAGGAUCCGCGUAAACGUGAGACGGCUCUUCUCGAGUUGAGCAAAAAACGUGACAGUGUUCCUGAUUUGCCCGUUUGGUUGUGGUAUUCGUUUGGCACAAUGACUGUUUUGCUUCAGGAGGUUGUUGCCAUUUACCCAGCCAUAAUGCCUGCGAAUCUUACUGCGGUUCAAUCGAAUCGUGUCUGUAAUGCACUUGCCUUGAUGCAAUGCGUUGCGAGUCAUCGCGAAACUCGGGCGCCCUUCCUUCAAGCACAUAUUCCGCUAUAUUUGUACCCAUUCCUUCACACUACUAAAAUAUCGCGCUCGUUCGAAUAUCUUCGUUUGACAAGCCUUGGAGUGAUUGGGGCUCUUGUCAAGACCGAGGACAAAGAUCAGCUUCUCACCGUCAUCAAUUUUUUGCUCUCCACUGAAAUUAUUCCAUUGUGCCUUCGAAUCAUGGAGCAGGGAACCGAGUUGUCGAAAACUGUUGCCACGUUCAUUCUGCAAAAAAUUCUUCUUGAUGACACCGGUCUUUCUUAUAUUUGUCAGACUUACGAGAGAUUCAGUCAUGUUGCCAUGAUUUUGGGUAAAAUGGUGUUGAAGCUGUCCCGUGAGCCAUCCUCACGACUUCUGAAGCACGUGAUUCGCUGCUACAGUCGUCUCAGUGAUAACCCACGCGCACAACAAGCGUUGAAACAGUGCCUUCCUGAUCAGCUCAAAGAUUUGACGUUCAAAGCGUUGCUCAAAGAGGAUCCCAGUAAUAUGAAUUGGCUCAGAAAGCUUAUGAAAAAUUUGGAAUUGGACGGGGUAAUAUUGAAAGACGAGGAACUCUUGGCUCUAUCAACAUUCGUGCCGGUCGAAGCUAUCGGCAGCCACAAGGCGAGCGACCUCGAUGUCGACAUUGACGAUGAGCUGUUCGGAAAGAAGCCGCCGCCAGUGACGAAGGCGGCCGCGCCACCGCCACCCCCGCCGCCGCCACCGCCGCCACCGCCGCCACCGGCACCAAAAGCUUCUGGAGGAAAGUAUCAAUACAAGAAAGCGACGACCUACCAGAAGACGUUCGCCAAGUGA